CAAGCAGAUGCAAAGAUCAGUUGGCCCUAGUCCAGAAAACCAAUAGUGAAGCUGUACCCGGAGCCUGAGAGGUACUGGACCCCAUUCACCCAUGCUGGAGGAGCUCAAAGGCAGGACCUAGCAAGCUGUACAGCAGUAGGUCUCUGUCCUACUGCUGGUCUGCCCCAAAUGGGCUGCUGAAUCCUAAUUUCGUGGACCUGUCCACCUGGGACUGCCACGGUUGUGGAACUCAAACUCAAAGUGGGUAAGUCUGAAGCCCAAAGGUCUUUGCUGCCCAUCAACUCCUUCCUGACAAAGGGCUCCUGAGCCAUGGUGGGAUGGAGAGAAGAGGACCGUGGCACGUGGUGCUUUUGAAUAUGUCCUUUGAGGGCUGCAUGGGCCGACCCUGGCGAUGAAGAGCCUGCCAGAUGGAAAUCUCAGGACAUCUCUAUCACUCAUGUCCUGACUCUGCAAAGGACCCUUUUGGAGCCCUGGGAGCUUGGAAAGGAGACACUUGAAUCAUUUGCGUGCACUCACUGCUUGUUCUACCAGAGAGGAGUUACAUCAUGUUCAACCACAAAGGCAGAUCCCGUUUUUCUCAGCAUGGGAGUUUUCCGGAACAGCAGCUGGAGGUCAUUCAAUACUGCCUAGACCACUGCAGGGGCGUCAAACAAGCUUUGGCUCUGCUUUGUUCCUGGAAGCCAGGCAGCUGGGACAGCACGUUCGCUUCAGCUCAAGGAGUAGUUCGUACUGGAAGCAGUAAUUCACAGUACCACUGACGUGCGUGAAGGAGCAUUCUCAGAUACACUCAUGGAGGCGACGGGGCAGAAGAAAGGCUUCCUCGGCAAGCAGUUCUUCGCUGUGCUUCUCUUCCAUUUCUUCUUCGGCAUCUGCUUAUUUACCUACAUUCGGCAAACCAGGGAACCAGAAUCGGCGCCCUGCAGUUACCCUCCCUCAACCCUGCCAGGCUCACUAGCCUCUCCAGAAAACACCUCAAGCCCAGAAAAGAAAGCCCCAGAGCUGACCAUCCUGCUCUGGACUUGGCCCUUUGGGCAAAGUUUUCCUCUGACAAAAUGCUCCACGUUGUUUGGCAUCCCUGACUGUCAUAUGACAGCCGACCGCAGCUGGUACCACAAGGCCGAUGCUGUGGUUAUGCAUCACUGGGAUGUUUAUUCCGGUCCGAGCAGGCUCCCGCGGGAGCCGAGACCCCCUUUCCAGCACUGGAUCUGGUUUAACUUGGAGUCUCCCAGCCACAGCCCAAACCUGGGUGCCAUGAACGGUAUCUUCAACAUGACCAUGACCUACCGAAAGGACUCUGACAUCUUCUCACCCUAUGGGAGCCUGGAGCUCCUCAGGCAGCCCCACAACUUCACCAUCCCAGCCAAGACCAAGCUGGUGGCCUGGGCGGUGAGCAACUGGAACCCAGGCUCGCGGCGGGUGCAAUACUACACUGAGCUGAAGAAGUACAUCCACGUGGAUGUGUACGGCCGUCAGCACAAGCCUCUGUCACAGGAACAGCUCCUCCCCACUCUGUCCCAGUACAAAUUUUACCUGGCCUUUGAGAACUCUCUGCACGAGGACUACAUCACUGAGAAGCUCUGGAAGAAUGCCUUGACCUCCGGGACCGUGCCAGUAGUUUGCGGGCCUCCCCGGCAAAACUACGAACGCUUUUUGCCCCCAGACUCCUUCAUCCACAUUGACGACUUUCCCAGCGCUCUGGAGCUGGCUCAGUACCUUGAGCAGCUGGAUAAGGACCCCGUGCGCUACGAGCGCUACUUCCAGUGGCGAACCUGGCUGAGCCCCUCCAUCUCGCCAGGCUGGAUCUUUCACUACUGCAACGCCUGCCAGUUUUUGCACAGGACAAAGAGCUACCAGACCAUGCGGAGCUUGAGUACCUGGUUCCGGUAACCCAUG